AUGACUUUUAGUUAUCCUUCUGAUCAUCUUUUAGAUCGUUGUGGUUGUGGCAUCCAUAACAAGGAAGACACAACUUUUAGUUGUCCUUCUGAUGAUCUUUUAGAUCGUUAUGGAAGUAAUAUUGAUAUUUUAUGGUCCAGUGUUGGUGAAACUCUUAAAGAAAAGAAUAUUAAUGUGGGAACAAACUACAUACAACUUGUUUCUUGCAAAGGUGUAAACAUUGGCAAUAUUGGGGAUAAAUGGUCAUUCAAGACACAGAUAAAAAAAGGAUCUAGUUUUGAAACUGAAGAUAAGAAGAAUCCAGCUGGCAAUUCAUAUAAAUGCCAACGUACAGAAGGUGAAAAUAUGAAACAUUCAGAUAACAAAAACUUUUUUAAUACUUUUCCAUUAUUAUAA